GUGAUGUCUAUAUUUGCAUUCGCAACAACUGCUGGCUUUGAAACAUUUGUUACUCUUGAAAUUAAAUGCAAAGCAUUUGAAAGGACUGUACAGUAUAAAUUUGGAUAUCCAUUUAAAUUGGGAAAGACAGGUUUCAGGGGGCCCGAAUCAUGUGCAAAUAUUUCUGAUAUAUCUUAUAAAAUGUAUACGUUUCCAUACGACUUCUCCAGUAAUGCAGAAUUUUUUGUUGCCUCUGGUGUGCUGACUUUAAUGUAUACUGCAGGAAUUCUGUUUAUCUAUGUGAUCAUGCAUCGAUUAUAUUCAACCAAUCAAAUGACUCCUGUAAUUGACUUUAUGGCUACUGGAGUGCUUUCUAUAUUUUGGUUUGCUGGAUCCUGUGCGUGGGCUCAAGGUGUCUCUGAUAUUAAAUAUUAUACUAGCCCUGAGAGUCUCUUUCAAGACAUGGAUAUUUGCCAAGAAGAUGUGGAUGUAUGUCAUGCUGCGUCAAGUGGGAAUUUUGCUUCUCUGAAUGUAUCUCUGAUAUUUGGAUUUGCUAACUGUAUGCUUUGGAUUUCAAGUCUGUGGUUUGUGUAUAAGGAAACAAGUUUCCAUCAACAGAUCCAGCCUCCUGUUAUGCUACCUCCAAUGGGACAGCAAGAAGCACCACCUAUGCAAGAUCAAGAUAUUGGCCACAAGAUGGGUGGGCAAUAUGAGUAUUAAAAUUUUAUUUAGGCAGCUAGCAUUCUUAUUUUAUGCAUUUUGAACAGUUAAUUGGCUGUUCUGUUCUCAUAUUUUCAAUUUCUAGUCAGAGAUUUUUCCAUACAGUUUUAUUGUACAAUAUGUCUGGGUUGUGCAUUUUUCUGUUCAGAAUUUUUGUUUUUAGCGGCAUUGAAUUUCUGUAUAUAAUUAUGAGUAUAUUUUGAGUAGUUAAAUGUUUCUUAUUAUUAGGUGAUAAAGAAUUUAUUCAAACAAAUGAAAUUUUUUUGAAAAUGCUUUAUUAAUCGCAAAAAAAUGAACUGCUGUCAUUUUAGAAUGUUUUCUCUUUUUUUUUUUUUUUUGUAUAAUUGUGUCUGUUAUGUAUAUAAAAACAAGGCUGUGUUGUUUUUAUCUUGUACCUUUUCUGUGACCUGAAUAAUUUAAUUGAACUUAAUGAUGUGCAAGUGCAUUUAAGUAUUGAUUUGCAGUAUGUGAAUGAGCAUUUUGAUUUAUAAAAAUUUUUCGAAGUGUUUGGAAUUUUUUGUAUUUCAUUUUUUCAUGUUACUAAUCAAAUAUUGGAUAGCCCUGCCAUCUUCAUAAAGUGCUUCAUUGAUUAAAUGAAUUAAUUUAAGAUUUUCUAUUUUUAAUUGGAAUUUGCUUAAACAUUGAUUUCUAUUAUUUUAACCUUUAUUUUUUUACUUUCCCCCUCCCCUUUCUUUGUGGUAUAUACGAGAUUUCUGGUAAGUUUUAUUAUUUCUAGAAGUUCUAUGUGAUUUGAAGUAUCUUUAUGUAAAUCCCUCCCCCCUCCUGGUUAAAAGGCAGUUAAAUGUAGAUUAGUUAUUUUUUCUUUUGGUAUGUGUAUUUAGAUUUUUUUGUUUUAUUUUUGUUCCUUUGUAUGUAGACUUUUAUUUUCUUUUGGUACAUAAAUUUGUGUUUUGAGAGAAUGAAAAAAAAAUUUUUUUUUGGGGGGGGAUAAACCUAAUAAAAAGAAUAUUAGCAUUUUAAUAUUACUGGUUGUACUCAUGCAUUGGUAUUAGUUCUUUCUUAACAAAUAAUGCAUGAGUUUUAUUGUAUGCUGAGUAUGAGUGAAGAAUAUGAUAUUUAUGAUAGGUACCUGAGAUUAUUAAUUUUAAAUUAUGUUUUUUUUUAUUAAAUUGUUUUAGUACUGUUAAUUAAAAUCAGUGCUUUGUUUGAAAAAUUCAUUCUAAUUAUUCUUUUUGGUUAAAAUUUUUAAAAUUGGAUAAUGCUGAAUAGCACAGAGGAUAUAAUAAGUUACCUCCCACUUUUAUCAGCUGCGUUUGAAAAUUUGUGUGGAGUCUGAAACAGACUUGUAAAAAAUGUAAAAGUUCACGUAAUGUGUUUUAAGUAUUGGAAAAGGAGAAGAAUUUUGUAUUUUUAUUUAUCACACGUUCAGGAAAGAAUAUGCUAAAGAAAUGUACAAAACUGAUUGCCACAGAUAUUUUCAAUAGAAUUUUGUUUAAGUUUUUGUGCAUUACUUGUUAAGAAAAAACAAUUAUAAUAUUAAUGAUAAAAUACCUUUAUAUUUGAAUAAUUGCUCUAUUUUUCUGUGGAAAACAAUAAGCACAGAUCUACUACUUAUUUUUAACAUGGUUCCUUAUGUGGAAUUUAGAAUGUUGCCUAUGCAUGUUUUAUAGAUGAAUGUUUGCUGUAGGUUACAUGUCGUGGGAAAAUGCUGUAUUACUUUUGACAAAUUCUCUUAGAAUUUCAUACUUUUGUUUCAUACUUGUCUAGUUUUCCAGACUGUGUGUCUAGUAGUCACAGAUGCUGCUUUGUGUAGAAAAGGUAUCAGUGUUCUUGUAUUAACAAAAAGUAAUGAAUUCUUAGAUCUAAUGAAUUUCUUUUAGUAAGAGAUUGGUACCAUAAAUUAAUUAGCUUCUUUUGCUGCUAAUAUAAUAUUAUUCCUGUUAUAUUUAUUAUAGAAUUUGGAGAUUUUAUAUAUUGUUAUUUAUUUUAUUAAUUGUUAUAUGUGCUGUAUAUAAUGUAAUUUUAAUGUUUUGUUAAGAUUUAUUUUGUUCUGAUGUUACAAAUGUUAAUUAAAUUUUUGAAUUUAGUUCUUUCCUAAACUAUAUUCUUAAGUGACAUAAAUCUGUGACAGUAAAUGGUCACACGAAAAUAAGUAAAAAGCUUAUGUAAAAUAUACAUUCUUUAAAUACUUUAUAACUAUGUUUACUUUACUUCUGUUGAUAGUCAUAGUUUACUUAUAAUUUUAAUUUCCUGAAUACUUAAUUCAUUUAGGUAAUUUUACACUAUAUUAAUAUAUAUAGAGUAUAAUAUGAAUCUGAAAAAUGAAAUUAGAGGGUUAUGUGAAGUUAAUCUGCUUGUUAAGAGUGUCCUGGACUGCCAAAAUAAUGCUUGUCACUGACAUCAUGCCUAUUAGAUGUCUUUUUUUGGUGUUCAGGAGAUAAUUAAUGCAUUCCAUUUUCUUACAAAUUAAACUUAUAUACUUGAUAUUUUAAAAUUUUAAUAAGUAGAAGAUAACUAAGCCUAAAUAUAUAAUACUUGCAUAAAGUGUAAUUGAUUCCAUGUUUUUUGAAAUUUUUUUGUUUCUGAUCUGGCAUUGAAAACUGAUGUAAAAACCAACCCAUACAAAAUGAAAGCCCUUAAGAUUGGCUAUAUACAAGGCUCAUGAACAAAACUAUUGUGGAAAAUAUAUUAUGUAAAAACAUCUCUAAAACAUCCAAUCAAAUAAUAAUCAAGAGGAUUGCAGUCAAAUGUAUUUGGAAACCACUUAUAAGGUACAGCGUAGUCAAGAAAGUUAUUCUUAAGCCACUUCUGAGUUUUCUGGUCAUGUGUGCUGAUGAAGACUCUUGUUGAAACACUUGGUCUUUCUGUGGCCCAGAUGUUAAAAAAUAUCAUGAGUUGAGAUUGAGUGGUCAUUGUCAAUGAGCUGCUGCACAUUUGAAAUAGAACUGUUCCUUUUCAUCCUGUGUUCAGCUCGAUCUUGUAUCUCUUUAGCAACCUUCGCUUCCACAUCAAAAUUGGAAUUUAUUGUCUGUUUCUAAUCUCUGACUUAGCCUCGCUGGCAUCUUGUCUACUAUAUCAUUGUUGUUAUCAUAGUGCAGAUGGAGUAGACUAUCGAGAUUCCUUCUCCACUCUUUAGGCCAUUCUUUAAUAUCCAGUCUGUUUGUGGUCUACAGUCUCUGAAGUCUUUCAAUUAAGUGUGAAUAUGAAACAGGAAGAUGGGUCAAGGAAAAUCUUUUAUUACCUAUUAUCUUCCUGUUUGAUAUCAUAGCAAUCCUUUUCACCCACCCUAUAUAUUUAAACAAGGAAUAUGUAACUUCUGUGGUUAAAGAUUUUACACCAGUCUUUGAGUUAAAUAUUUUAACAUUUUAGGUUUGAAGUUUCAUUCUUGCUAUAAUUAAACAGUUAGUCAUAAUGAAUAAUAACAUACAUGAAAGGCACAGUGAUAAAUCAUAAAUUAAUUAAUUGAAUCACCAAGACACACACACAAAGCAGCAGCCACAUUUAGGCUCACGGAAUUUUAUUUCUUAGUUAUAUAGUUUUUAAAUUUAACCUAACUGUAAUUCUCUCUUUUUUAUUUAUUUUUUAUGUAUUGUUAAAUCUUCUCAUUAAUUUAUGUUGAGCAAUGAAUCUCCAUUUAGCUUUAUUUCAUGAUUAAAUAUUUUAAUACUCUUUUUCUUUUCUUGUGAGUUUUUAAAAUCUUGUUAUAAAUAUAUAUUUGUAAAAAUGUUGCUGAAGCUGAAGAUUUGAAUAAUGAAAUUGCUGAAAUUUCAAAGUUCAAAUUUAGCAUCUAUUCUAUACCCACCUAUCUUGUAAAUUUAAAUAUUUUUUCAUAAAAAUUUUAAAAAAUGAAUAAUUUUAUUUUUUAUUUAAGAUAGAGUUUAUUUUAAAAUUUUCAGUAAUAAUUU